AUGGCAGAAGAUUGGGCGUUAUUGGCGGACGAAGUGGACGACGAGGACGACGUUUUGAUUGGAAAGAUUGAUUGCACCAAGGAACACUCUAGAAAUCUUUGUUUGCAAUUUGGUGUCACGAGCUAUCCAACACUCAAAUACGGAGACAUUAUCAAUCUACAAGACUAUCAGGGAGCACGAGACUUGGACGAGUUUCGAGAAGUCGUCGAAGACGACUUAAUGGCGGGACCACUCUGUAGUGUGAGCAAUCCACAGUUGUGCGAAUUUUCCAAACGACAGAGUAUUGAGGAUUUGAUCCAUAUGGGAUUGCCAAAGUUGAACCAGGAAAUUGAAAGAGUGGAGAAAACCACUGCCAGAUUGGAAGGAGAGAAGGAUAAAUUCGUCAACAACCUCAGAGACAAAUACUCCAAAGGAAAUGCAGAAAAGGAAAAAAACAAAAAGGAACUCCAACAAGGUCUGGACUUGAUGAAGGCGUGUCUGGUCCUUAAGAAAACGCAUCAUCAACAACAAAAACCAGCCAAGGACGAGUUAUAG